AAUAAAACAAAAACGAAGAAAUAAUAAUAAAAAUCCGGCUACCGACGGACGAAAGAAGAGAGAGUUCCCUUUCCGCGUUUGGCCAAACACUGAAGACUAAAGAAAAGAUCGAAGGAGAAAACACCGUUCUUCAACUAUUCAGAAAUCAAAAAUGAGUUUUGAGUGUUGAGUUUGAGAUCUAUUCAAAUAAUAAAUAAAUGUUACCCACUCAAUCUAGUUGAAAGUCUGCGUCAAGUGUGUGAGAGAUCAGAGAGAUCUAGCUAGGAUCUUCAAUCCUUUUGGAGGUUUUGGCUUCCCAAAAACGAAAAUGGCGCUUCGUUUUUCGUUAGCCGCAUUUUCUCUGAUCCUCCUUCUAUCCUAUCCUCUGCUUCUCAACGCCAAAACCCUCAAACGUGACAUGAAAGCAUUGAACGAGAUCAAGGCUUCGCUGGGCUGGAGAGUUGUGUACGCUUGGGUCGGAGACGAUCCGUGCGGAGACGGCGACCUUCCGCCGUGGUCCGGCGUCACUUGCUCAACUCAAGGCGAUUAUCGAGUCGUCACUGAGUUGGAGGUUUAUGCAGUCUCAAUUGUUGGGCCUUUUCCAACUGCUGUCACCAAUCUCUUGGAUCUCACUAGGCUGGAUCUCCAUAACAACAAGCUGACGGGCCCUAUUCCCCCCCAAAUUGGACGUUUGAAGCGUCUUAAAAUGCUUAAUUUGAGAUGGAAUAAGUUACAAGAUGUCAUUCCUCCCGAAAUUGGUGAACUGAAGAGUUUAAACCAUUUGCAUCUAAGCUUUAAUAGUUUCAAAGGGGAAAUUCCAAAGGAGCUUGCUAAUCUUCCAGAGCUUCGCUAUCUCUAUCUGCAAGAAAAUCGUCUUAUUGGGCGGAUUCCUGCAGAACUAGGAACUUUGCAAAAUCUUCGGCACUUGGACGUUGGUAAUAAUCAUUUGGUGGGUACCAUUAGGGAACUCAUACGCAUUGAGGGCUGCUUUCCAGCUUUGCGUAACCUUUACCUGAACAACAACUAUCUUACGGGAGGAAUUCCAGCACAGCUUGCAAACUUGACCAAGUUGGAAAUCUUGUACCUAUCUUACAACAAGAUGUCUGGGAUAGUUCCAUUAGGACUUUCCCAUAUUCCGAGAUUGACUUACUUGUAUUUGGAUCACAAUCAAUUUUCAGGGAGAAUUCCCGAUGCCUUCUAUAAACACCCAUUCUUGAAAGACAUGUAUAUUGAAGGGAAUGCAUUCAGACCAGGUGUGAAACCGAUAGGCAUACACAAAGUUCUUGAGCUCACUGACACGGAAUUUCUUGUUUAGUCAAGACAUCAAGCAAUUAUUUAUUUGUUACCAAUUGUGUUUAUGUACUGCCCAAACAAGGGCUCACGUAGUCUCUGAAUGAAAUGAAAAAUCUGUGUCGAUGAAGUUUUGAUGUCAUUAAUGAGUUCCUAUGUUGCUAACUGUCUGAGGAGUUGCUGAAAUCGUAAAUAGUAGUUUCAGAACU